UCCCCCCCCUCCCCCUCUCUCUCCCUCCCUUGUUCGGCCUCUUUCGCCUUGUUGGGUUAUACUCCGCCCAAGACGUCUGUUACUGCUGGUUGAUUUGGGUGCAGGUGCUAGAAAAUGUAUGCCUCUCUCUUGCAAGCAGGCAAGUGAGAAAUGGCAGUCUGCCCGGGAACACGGAUUGCAGCUUUAGUAAGACUGCUGACGGUUGAGCCUCCACAAUGGGAGGCUAAAUGUACUGUAGAUCCUUCCUGAGGGCACUCGCACAUCGCAUGCCAUUUGAAUAUUUUGUGGGAAUGAUUUUUCAUCUCACUCGAGAACGGAGUAGCAUGGUACAUGAUGUAGAUCACAUUUCCCUGCAUAGUUGCGUUGUAGUAGCAUACAGGACGUACGUGUGCAAGUACUUGUACCCUACAGAGUCCCCCUCGCCUGCACCAUCAGCUUCAGCUGCAUCAGGGCCAAGCAACAGCCCACUAGCUUCACGGCAACCGCAAGCGCUCGGCGUUGCUCAGUAUCCCGCAGCGUCACGCAUCUUACGGUUAUUCCGUCAAGCCCGACUCCUUCCAGCUUCCGUCAUGGGGCGAAUGCUAGUGCACCCAGCAGCUUUAAAAGACAUCAGUUUUGACAGAUCCACAUGCGCUGCUUGCUCCUCGCAACCCACCACCACCAGCAGCAGCAGCGGCGGCGGCGGCGGCGGCAGCAACAGUGGCGGCAGCACCAUGGCCGUGUCCACAUGCCCGCCAGAGACCACCGGAGCGGUUCCAAAGAAAAAGACUGGCCGUCUCGUCUCCGCCAUCUCUCGCUUCUUCCAGAAAUCCAACGAAACCGCCGCCCAUGCCGCUGCCCCCGAAGCGGACGCAGUUGGUGCAGCUCCCGUCAGAGCUUCCGCCGCCGCUGCCGCCGCCACGGCUGUGGCGGCGUCGGCGGAACCGCAGCAGCGACAGGUCUCCGCGGAUUCCGUGAUCGAGAGGGUGGUUGCUGAGGGCAAGGCGGUCCGUUGCGACGGCUUCCAACAAGCCGCCGACGAAGAUCACGUCAGACGGCACGUCAGCUCGCUGCCGGCGCGGUACGUUGCGGCCGGCUACUCGCCGGCGACCGUUAGGAGCCAUAUGGCGAUGUUGGAGGAAGCUGCUUCCUUGCGAGAGGGUAUCCCGGCGAUUAGAGUGGAUGCGAAGAAUGGUGACGCAAGCAGUGCGGGUAGCACGCAGCACGACGCGACUGCAGUCGCGAACAUGGGCGCUGCCCCCAACUGCGACUCUGACGACGAUUGCGACGGCGACUCUUCCGUCGACGGCUUGUCGCUGGGGUCGUUCGACGACUCGCUCUCGGUCAGUCGCACGGAGAUCACGUUCGCGUGCAGCUCGCACGUGUGCGCCGACGCGCUCUCGUCCGCGCUGCAUCGCGCGGGGAUGCGCGCGUACGGCCUGACGACAUACGACACUAAGAGCGGAUUCACCCUCGGACACUUCGUCCUGCGCGCGUCUAUUGCGCAGUUCUCCAUGCGCGAGCUCGAGGACGUCGUCGCCACCGCGUGCAAGCGUCGCUCCCCGCGCGCAUCCCUCUCCGCAUCCGCCCCGCGCGCGCACGCGCUGCAAGCGCUCCCUGAGGUGCUGGGGGAGAAGCUGACUCACCUGGUGGGGAAAAUGAGCCCGCUGCACCACCUGACCCAUCACCACAACCACCACCACCAUCAUCACCACCACGGGAGUGGCUCCUGGAAUCUCGGCAGCGUCAGCCCGCGCCGCGCGUUCCCGCAUCACUCCGGCGGCGCCGCCGGCAGCCCGGUGUUGGCGGCGGCGGCAGCGGCGUCGCGAUUCGCGGGGGCGGCAGCAGCCAGUCCGCCCGCGUCGUCACCCGACGGCAACGGGCUGCUGCACGUGCUCUUGUCGGAGCGCGGCGCGAUGAAGAAGAAGCUCGGCGCGCUUAUCAUGGACCCGAUGAAACUCGAGAUCGGCGCGCUUAUCGCAGUGGGCGCGUCGGGCGAGGUGCGCAAGGGCGAGUACGAAGGCGAGGAGGUCGCGGUGAAGAUUCUCAAGGGGGAGGGGAAGGAUAUCCACUCUAUGGUGGCGGAGUUUCGGCGGGAAGUCGUCACGCUGAUGUCAUGCGGAGAGUGCCCGCAGCUGCUGAAAUUCCUCGGCGUGUGCGUGGACGUGCGCGGGCGCAUGUGCAUCGUGACCAAGUUCAUGGAAGGCGGCACGCUCAGCGAGAUGCUCCGCCGGCGACAGCCGCUACAGCCGUCGCAGCAGCAGCAGCAGCAGCAGCAGCAGCAGCGGGGAGCGGCGAGGAAGCUGAGCACCAAGGAGGUGCUAUCUAUCGCGAUGGAUGUUGCUAAGGCCAUGGCGUUCCUUCACAAGCACGGCAUGAUUCACCGCGACCUAAAAUCCGCGAAUAUUCUCCUCGACCGCGACAACCGCGCGGUCGUGGGCGACUUCGGCGUCGUGCGAUUAAAGACGGAGCGCGGCGAGAUGACUAAGGAGGUCGGAACCUAUCGCUGGAUGGCGCCUGAGGCGUUCGGGACUAGCUCCUGGCCGGUUACGCACAAGGCUGACGUGUACAGUUACGGGAUCGUUCUGUGGGAGCUUGUAGCGGGGGAGGUACCAUUUGCGGAUUAUUCCCCGUUACAAGCUGCUGUGGCGGUGGCGCUUAACGGAGCGCGGCCUCCCGUGCCGGGAAACUGUCCUGCGGGGUUGAGGAGGCUGAUGGAGCGGUGCUGGGACAAGGCGCCCAAGGAGCGGCCGGAAUUCACCGAAGUGAUCGGCGCGCUGCAACAGAUGAUGCGGGAGGAGGAGCAGCGGGAGAAGAGUAGCGAAACAGUGAGAGAGAGUUCUGCGAGCAGCUGCAGUCGCAGCUGCAGCUGAUGCGAGUCAGGGAGGGGGGGGGAUAUGGGGGUCCCUUGACAAGUGAUGACAGCUUUGAGUGGAAGCUGAAAAGAGCAAAGCAGGUUUCUUCCUUCCUCCAAGCGACAUGGAAUGGCACGGUAUGAUAUGAUAUGAAUGCAGCAGGUCGCCUGUGCAGAGGGGGCUGGGCUGGAGGUAAUGUGCCUUAGGCACUGCUUCGAGAUGGAUUAUAAAUAGCUGAGUUCUCCAAUUUUGUAGGACAGCUGCUGUGUAGCAGCUGGGGCGGAUUGCUUGGCACAAUGUGCCUGUUUAUUUUGUAAAUUAUUAUGUAUAUUCCUUAUCAAUUGCGAAUCUGUCGCUUCUAGUGU